AUUACUACCAAACAUUUGACAAAUGCUUGAUUUGACACUUUUGACAGUGAGUGAAUGAAUCUGUAUUGAGUCCAAUGAUUAAUAAAAUGGUUCAAUUUACACUUUUAAACGAAAACAUCAUAAAAUAGUGAUAAAUGUUCCGUAUUUCACUUUACUGUAUUAAAACUAAGAAUAGCUGCAAGACAGCGAUUAUAUUAUAGUGUAAAUAAUUACGAUUUCUAAGAUUUAGAAAGUUAAAAUGACACUCGCGGAGUUCUUUAGUUGUUCCCUGCUGGCGUUUGGGGCUCCGAUCGUGAUGUUCGCGAUGACUGUGGCCACGGAUCCAGUGCGCAUCAUCAUUAUGAUAGCAGCGGCGUUUGGGUGGUUACUGUCUUUUUUGUUAUCCUCGUUAGUAUGGUACGCUGUGGUUCCUCUUAGAUCAUACUUGGUUUUUGGAAUGAUCUUCGCUAUAAUAUUUCAGGAAUUAUUCCGGUAUGGAAUGUAUCUCUUACUCAGAAAAACUGAGGCUGGCCUCAAAGAGAUAUCAGAGAACCAUGAGAUUGGUAGUAAUAAGCUAGAGAUGGCUUAUGUGUCUGGCCUAGGAUUUGGAACAAUGAGUGGAGCAUUUGCACUAGUUAAUGUAUUAGCUGACUCGAUUGGCCCUGGCACAUUAGGCCUGAGUGGUGGGACAGAAUACUUUUUUGUGACAAGUUCUGCAAUGACUCUUUGUAUGAUACUACUCAACACAUUCUGGAGUAUCAUAUUCUUUAGUGGUUUUGAUGAAAAGAACUAUCUAAAAAUUCUCUGGGUUAUCAUAUCACAUUUCUUUGUAUCAUUUCUAAGUUUAUUGAACAGCAGGGAGCUCUAUGCAGCUUCAAUCUUGCCUUCGUACAUUGUUCUUAUGAUAACUUCAUAUAUUGCGUUUCGCUGUGCCGGAGGAUCUAGUAAAACUUUUAUACAAAGUUUCUCUGCACGGUCAUAGGUUAUUGUUGAAUUUGACCCAGUAAGUGGUGUUGAGACAUCUCUAGGAGCGCCAUAAGACGGAAUCUGUGCUAGUAUUGUGUUGUGGUGUGCCUUACGUUAAUUGAUAGUGUGUUAAAUAAAAUACAGUUUUGUAAUCUGAAUAGUCUAAUAAAUGGAAGUUGAAAAACUAUUUGAAUGCACAAUUGACAAUGCCAAUUAAUUAUAUAGGGAAAAUCAACAUAAAUGGCAAAUUUCAGUAAAUAAAACUUGUGAAUAUAUAGCUUGGCUGAUUAAUUAACAGUAUUUUGUUUAGUUUUCUAAUUAUUUUAAAAAUGAUUCUACACAAGAUUGCCCACAAUGCUAUAAUACCACAUUUUCCUUCAUAAUUUCUUAACUAACUAAAAACAUAAUAACUUGAUUUUGAAACACACAAACACAAAUAUGCCACAUUUGCAAAUGUGGCUUGUGUCUUUCAAAGGCAACUCAGGGCACAGUUUUUAUUUUACAGUAUAGUACAUUAAUACAUAUUCAUAUAGUUAUGUUUAAAGACCUCAUCAGCUAAAUAGGAAAUUUAAUCAGAAAUAAAGUCCUAUGGAAUUUAUGUAUUAUGAUUUCAAAUAUUCACUACAGCUUGUGAUGCAAAAUCCACUUCAUGCUAGGGUGAAGUCUCAUUCCUCUAGUGCAGAAAUUCACUUAUGAACAUUUGACACCAAAGAGACUAGCUAUAUUGGGCUCGAGCUACAUUUGGGCUGAUCAUCGCUCAGCAUCACUAUCUGAAUGUAAAACAAAACUUGCCCCGUAGUUAAUAUGUUAACAGAAUUAUAUUACUUAUUUUUGCUUUUAUUAAAAAAUUCAGUUAAAAUGACUAUGAAUAGUUUAAACACUAAAAAGCAUGCCUAAAUAGAAAGCCAAACAAAAAUUAAUUUGAUCCUGGUAAUCUUAGAAUGGUUAGAUCAAUAAAUUAAUUGCAUUGUCAGCAGUUCUCAAUGUGCAAAAUUUUUAAGUUACAUAUUAAAAUUGGUAAAAGUUUCAUUGAUUCCAGUAAAUAGAUAGACAGGUCAAGCUAACAAAAAACGUAUUAAAAAGGCUGAUAAAUUAAUAUGUUUUGUAGUAUUUUGAUUUAAUGUUGCCUACAUAAUAGACUGAAGUAUAUUUUAAAUUAUAAAUAGUGAAUGAGUCAGGUGUGAUUAGGACAUUUAAUUUAACUAAGCCUUUUUUCCAUAAAUAGAAAAGAAAUGCGAUGAAAAGUUUUCAUCUUCUAUGACUAACAGGAAGAAAAUGUAAUCUACAGGAUGCAAGAGAUUCCCCACUAAUGACAUUCCAUAAAAAAAUCAUACACGUUUUAAUGUUCUUUUAAUUUUAAGAAUAAUUUUAUUUGAGCUGAGGAUUCCUUUAAUUGAAUUUAAUAUGUUUAAUGUAAUAUUCUAACAAAAAAUAUGAUUUCAAAAUAAAGUUCACUGCUCUAACAUUGCAACAUAAUAAAUAAUGAUUUUUAUACAAAAAUAAAAUGUUUUAAUAAUACAUCAAA